UUUGCUUGAUCUCUUUGUUAAUAAUUUUUGUCAAGUUUUUUUAGGAAAUAUGAAUUUUUAUGGAAUUUGCCGUUUACAUAACAAAUUAAAUGCAACAAAUAUCUUAAAAUGUCCAAUUCGUUUUGUGCAUCAUCAUAAAGAGCUUGAAGAACCGGGUGGAUUCGAACGAUUCAUCGGUUGGCGCAGAUCAAAUGCACACAGAGCAAAUAGACAUACACAAGUGAAUGAGGCCAAAUAUCGAAGGUUGAGAGGUGAAAAGCGAUUAUUAAUAGAAUUGGAGGAUCAUGUUGAGCAACAACGUAUGAAACAAAUGACCCCUGACCAAUUGCGAAUUUAUUUAUUACGAAAGGGUAAACCUAAUAUUUACGAAGACGCUUCUCCACGAGAUUGGCAAGAACACCAAAUUACUUACCAGUCAUUAUAUGAAAUUAUGACCACUUAUAUUCCACCUGAGACAUCAAAAAUAUCGCGACUUACGGGCUCUGGCAUUAGUGAAUUUUUUGAAGAUGUUAAAGAUUAUUGGAAAGAUAAGUAUGGAACGUUAAUGGGAUAUGGUUUGAGAAGGAUACGACGGAAAGAAGGUCUUAGAAAUUUUGAGUUGAAGGAUUUUCUCAAAGAGGCGGAAGAUAUUUACAAAUCAGCUUUUCAGGCGUUGGCAAGUCGUGAUAAAAUUCUUUUACAUGGUCUUGUUACAGAAUCAGCUUUUUAUAAACUUUGGCCAGAUGUGGAGAGAGGAACACUUCGGUGGGAACAUAUUCGAUUUAAUGAACCGUCUGUAGUUGUUUCUGUUAGAGUUACUGAUAUGCCGCCUAAAUCUGGCAAUGACAUUGCACAAAUUGCUGUUCGUAUGCAUACUACACAGAAAAUGGCUCUUUAUGAUAAAGAUGGACAUUUAUUAUUGGGAUCAGAAGAUGAGCCUAGAGAAGUGCUCGAAUAUGUUGUGUUUGAAAAUCACAUUUCAAGUGCUGAUGGAAAAUGGCGUUUUCAUGGACAGGUUGUUCCACAAUGGGCAAAAUCAAAGCAAUCUUUACAUAAUCAUCCAACACUUGUUGCAAAAUCAAAAGAAAAGGGAAAUUUUCCUGACAAACUUUUACGGCUACAAAUAGAUGCGCAAUCAUCUACAAAGAAAAAGCAAAAAGAAGCUGGUGAUAAAAUGACAGGAUGA